AGAUCGAUUCCGAAAACAUAAACAUAAAAACAUAUAACAAAGAAGUGCAACUGGUGUGGUUAUGUCGUUUUCUUUGAAUUAAGCCGUAAAUCUGUAAUCUGAGUGAUCAAAACAAUAAGCAAUUUAACGGUCAUUUUUGUUUGUAUGAGAUAGAAAGGUUCACAUUAUAUUAUAUCUCACGUUCUUUUUUUAGUGAUUCAAUUUCAGUUGAACUAGAAUUUUUUAUACCUAAUAUUAGGCUACCAUAUCCUAUAUUUCAUCAUUUUUUCAUAUUAAGCAACCUAAUUCGCUUUGAAAUUUUCAAUUAUAUUUUUAUUGUAAAUCAGUAAUAUUUCAUCGAUGGAAUCUUCAAGAAUACGUUCUUAUCUCAUAUUGGAUUUGGAAACAACUGGAUUCAUCAAUUCCAAAAUCACAGAAGUAUCAUUACUAGGUGUUGUUCGUGAGCACAUAGAAGAAUGCCAUGCUAAGAAAUCACCAAGACAUAGUAAAAGUAUAAAUAUUCCUCGUGUUGUUCAAAAAUUAAAUGUUUGUGUGUAUCCUAAUCGGAUGAUCAACAAUCUUGUCUCAGAGGUUACAGGCUUAACAAAUGACUUACUUCAACCAUAUCCAUCGUUCAAUAAAAAUACCUGCAAACAGAUUGUCGAAUUCAUCAAGAUGCUUCCCAAACCUGUAUGCAUGCUGGCACACAAUGGAAAUAGAUUCGAUUUUCCUAUAAUUAGAGGGGAGCUUGCAGAAAACGGAAUGGAAUUACCUGAUGACCUGUACUGUGCUGAUACUCUACAGGGCUUCCGCGCACUGCUCUACAACACAAUAAAAAACGCAGAUGACCUCCUCGAAAUUGAUAGCGACGAGGAAACUCAGUUUAAUUCACUGCUAGAGACUGAGGAGAUCAUCAAACAAGAGAAAGAAGACAUGCAAAACGAGGAGAGACUAUUCGAGGUCAUAAAUGAAGUGGAAGAGAUAGUUGAAUCGGUUCUAUGUAAGGAGACCGAAACACUGAUGACUGAUAAGUAUGGGGAAGAUGUGUGGGGCGAGCAGUAUUGGGACUCCGCACUGCAAAUUGCCUCCGAAAAGGCGGAAGCCGAUUAUCUGAAGGAGGUGAAGGGGAUCGAUUUGAGUGCAGUCAAGUCGAGUCAAGAAGUAACGCCUGUUAAGAAUAGUAAGAAAGCCACAGUGUCUCAGGUGUACAACGCAGCUACGACUUUGAAAGAGGUGAAGAGGAGUCUGUUUGCAGGUGAGAGUAGUUUGCCAAAACCUAAGAAAAAGUACAGGUUGUGUGAUUGCUAUGAGUAUCUGAUUGGCAGGGAGAUAAUGGAUGCUCAUCACGCCGAGAGUGACACUAUGGCGCUGUUGGAAUGUCUGGUGGCUUCUGGGCCGAAUCUGCUCUACUGGAUUGAUAGUAAUUGUACUUUGUUCAAGCAAGUACAGAAACGGCGAUGAGUGCAAUGAGUUCGCUUAACAACAUGCAGUACAAGUGGUCUUACACAUAUUUAUCGUACAUAUUGAUGGUUCAGUCCCUAGAAUAAGGUUGAAAUUGCAGCUGUUUGAGGGGAGUAGAGUAUUUCGCAUACCUUACAAGUAGUCUUACUCAUUUUGCAUAUUUAUCAUAUUGAUGGUUCAGUCCCUGAUAGGUCUAACAUGCUCCAGCGAGAGGGUAAUAUAUUAUUGAGCAUGCGCUUCGCUUCUCGCAAUAUGUUUUGCUUCAGCCGACAAGGUAGCCAACCAUACACGUUCUUCAAUCAACCUUAUUCUUGUAACUAAUCCUUUGAUAGGUACUAUUAGUUUUAAAUUCUUAUUGACUGCCAUUGUCUGGUCUUAGCAUGAAAUUGUAUGUGUUGUAUGACGCUCAAUUGUUGUGUAAGCGAACUCUUCCACUUGAUUUUAUUUAACUAUUAGAACGUUUGAGAACUCCCUCAAAUUUAUUUGACUUGUAGAAGUAGUUGUAGUAGUUGUUGAAUUAGAGGUAAGUCUAUGAUAUCCAAUAGCAUAAUGUAGGUAGUAAUUCAUAUUUCAUAUAGAAAAACAUUCUAUCAUGAAUUGAUUAGUUAUGAAGAAAGAACUGCCUAUGUAAUAACUCUUAGUGCCGGUUGCACAAAACCCGGUUAAAUUUUAAUCGUGAUUAAUUUCAUGAGAAUCAAUCAGAGAAGCAAUUUUUCGAAAAAGCCUUCUCUGAUAGGUUCUCGUGAAAUUAAUCACGAUUAGAAUUUAACCGAAUGCUGUGCAACUUUCAAUGAAGGUUGACUUUCGAUCGGCACUCAACGUAAAAUCUAUCAAUGAUUUUUUAUUAGUAUACAAAAAUUUGGUUUUGAUCUCAUUUCAAAAAGUCACAAAUUACCAACUGGGAGUUGAAAGUAUUCUAUUUUUCCAAAAAUAUUUUCAAUUAUCCUUUUUUAUUUAAAAUAUUUGUAUUUAUUAUUCUACUUCCUAUUCUAAAUAUAUCCCAAAAUUGCUUUUGCAUUUUUUGCGUAUGAUCAAUGAUAAAGAAUUAUACGUUCAUUGGAAAGCUUAUAUAGGAAAGCGAGUACUGAUCACUGAACAUCCAUACUUUCAAAUCAAUGUUUCCAUUCUACGAAUUAUUUUUAUCAUUGUUUUAACACUACCAAUUAUUUUAAACCAAUAUUUUAUUAGAAGCAUGUUCCUAGUUCUACAUAGUUAUUCUAUUUGGUCAGUCAGUUGAAACGCUUUUCUCAGAUUUUCUCCCUACAACUUGCUCAUGCAUAGCAAUUCUUAUUUUAUGUGUAGAAUUAUUUUUAAUUGAUACAGACUUUCUCAAAUACAUUAAUGUUCACUGCAAAGCAGUGGAUACAUUACUGUCCAUUAUUUUAACACGGAUAAUGCAAUUUUAAUGGAAAUGAUAUUACUUUUUUAUCAUUUCCUUUUUACUGUUCAAUCAAGGUAUUUUUCUUAUAUUAUAACAGUAUUUGUUCAUGAUUUUCAAUUUAAAUGUUAUCAGACUUGGGAUAGAAUUCAAAAUGUUGGUCAUAAUAAAGUAGGAUUAGACAACCAAGUUAAUUAUUAAUAGUAUUAUUAAAAAUAAUUUUAUUGAGAAAAAGGCUGAAUAAAAUGACCUUAAUUUUCUAUUCUGUUAAAAUACCUUUCUAACCGUUCAAUUUUUCAACUGUAAUUCUUCACAACGGUUGAAUUUGCUUUUUUUACCUCUUUAAAAUUAAAACCAGCCGUAAUAAGUCGAAGAUUGAAAUCAUCUUUGUUGCUGGAAAACUUUUUAGUUUUUUAUACAAGUAUUCAAAUUCCAUGUCUCAGUACCCUCUUAAUUGUUUUUUUCUCAAGUCCAAUCACUCUGUAGUUCUGUGAAUUUUAUAAUAAUUUCCAUCCUACAUAGUAGUUUUAUGAAAUGCAAGCCAUGAUUCCUUCUUUGAUUAGGGCAAACACGACUGCAUGAUUUAGUCGUGCUACAAGUCCUUGCGUGCUGCAAUUUCAGACUAUGACCAGUGAUGGGCUUGUCUCAAUAAAUGGCAAUCAAUUAUAAUUAAACACCAAAGUCAACCAAUAAGCUAAUAAAAACUCACAAAUUUAUUUAUAAACGGAUUCACUCUAAGUUCAAAAAGUUAACUAUAUUUUACCUAUAUGGAAGAUAUAUCUUCGAGCAUUUUACUAUCACACUGUACUAGCUACUAUCACAAAUAAUAUGCACAACAUCACGUUCAUCACUGUUCGAGAUCUUACAAAAUAAUAUUAUACAGUCUCUAUUGAAUUGAAAUUAUUUCUCUCAUGACUAUCUUAGAAAAACUUUUAUAUGAAAUUAAUAUUCAAAAUUUAAUGUUUCCUACAGGAUUUGUUCAUGAAAAAACUUUAUUAUUGUAAAUAACCAUUUUGUAGCAACCUAUUGUUGGUGAAAAUAUGUAUUUUAUGAAAGUUAUAUAUUUUAAAAAUAAACUUAUUUUUAUCAUUGAAU